AUGGUAUCAAUCCAUUUGCCAGAACGAUCAUCUCAUGGUAUUUCUCUCUUUUCAGGAACUGCGUCUGUUGCAGUCGCUGGCAUCUUUGCAGCCUUAAGGAUCACAAAGAACAAGCUUUCUGACCAUAGGUUUGUUUUCCAGGGAGCUGGAGAGGCUGCAAUGGGCAUAGCUCAACUCAUCCUCAUGGCCAUGGAAAAGGAAGGAAUUUCACGAGAAGAUGCCAUAAAAAAAAUUUGGAUGGUGGACUCCAAGGGACUGAUUGUGAAGGGCAGGAGCCACUUGAACCAUGAGAAAGAAAUGUUUGCCCAAGACCACCCCAGUGUGAACACGCUGGAAGAAGUUGUGCAGAAAGUGAAGCCUACAGCAAUUAUAGGUGUCGCAGCCAUUGCAGGAGCUUUCACUGAGAAGAUUUUGAAGGACAUGGCAGCCUUCAAUGAGAGGCCCAUCGUGUUUGCCCUGAGCAACCCCACAAGUAAAGCGGAGUGCACAGCGGAGCAGUGCUACCGCUUCACCGAGGGCCGGGGAAUAUUUGCAAGUGGGAGUCCAUUCUCAAAGGUAACGCUGCCCAAUGGACAGACCUUCUUCCCUGGCCAAGGAAACAACGCCUACGUCUUCCCAGGAGUGGCACUGGGAGUCAUCGCCUGCGGAGUCCGGCACAUCUCUGACGAUAUCUUCCUCAUCACAGCAGAGUCUAUUGCUGCCCAGGUGACAGAGCAGAAUCUUGCAGAAGGAAGACUCUAUCCCCCCUUGGACAGCAUCAGAGAGGUGUCUCUCAAAAUUGCUGUGAAAAUUGUUGACUGGGCCUACAAGCAUGGUCUUGCUUCUUGGUACCCCGAGCCAGCAGACAAGGAAGCCUUUGUGAAACGGCUCGUUUACAGCCCUGAUUACGAUUCGUUUGUUAUUGAUGAUUACAGGUGGCCCCCCGCAGCCAUGCAAACACAAGAUGUCUAAGUUCUUGUGAGAACUGGUUUCUCAUUUUUACCAUCAGUUCCCAUGGUUCAUAUCAUUGCUGAUAUAAAUGCACCUCCAGGCUUGCAACAUGAUACAAGUAAAUGAAUCCAA